AUGGAGGUUUCUGAGCCGCCUACAAAAUGUCGCAAGACCACUCCGCAUGCAGGCCACAAGUCAGUCACCAAGGCCAGCCUUGCCCAAACCCAGCAAGACGCAUCCACCCUACCCGCCUACAUCUAUCGAGAUCUCAAGAAAGAAAACGAGAUUCGAAUAUUCAAAGUCGAGAAAACAGGACCACAACAGUGGCAAUACGACAUCGAACAUACAACGUUGACUGAUGCUCCACCCUUCGAAACCGUCUCGUAUGUCUGGGGUCCGGAUACGCGCCAAAACAUCAUACGUUUGCGGGGUGGCCGGACGAUACGUGUCAACGACAACCUCGCCAAAGCCCUUCCUUAUCUCUCGGCGGAAUGCAAGACUGGAUAUCUGUGGAUCGACCAAAUCAACAUCAAUCAGUCUAGCACGCAAGAGCGCAAUCAUCAAGUCAAGAUGAUGGGUGACAUCUACAGGAAAGGGGAAAGAGUUUUGGCGUGGCUGGGUAUCGGCUCCAAACUCGCCAAAUCAACAAUCAACCUCAUCGAGAUGGUCAGGUAUCUGCUGGAAGUUCGCGGAUCCAACUUUGCUUUUCGUGAAAACAUUGAGAGAUACGCGCUACAAAAUGGGUUGGAAGAUCUUAUGGCAAUACUUCAACUUCUGGACAGUGAAUGGUUCUCUCGCGCAUGGGUCUUCCAAGAGAUCGUGCUCUCAAGGCACGCACUGUAG